CUGAGAACUUCGAGUCGUCGGAAGAGUCGUUCUCGUCGUUGUGGAAAGCCCUUGAACAGGAGUUCGAGAACCGGCGCUGGCUGGUAGACAACCAUCUUGCGGAACUGUUCCAGAUCAAGCGGUUGGAGUUCGAGUCGGCGAACGAUCUGCAUCAGCUGCUGAACGUCGUCCAAAGGAACCUUCGUGGCUUGUCCUCUUUGAAGCUUAACCUCGAACCCCUUUCCGAAGCAAUGCUAGUCCACGUUGUCGCUUCCCGUCUCGAUGGUGACACGCACAAGGCUUUCGAGUCCCACGUGGUCGGCCAGAGUUCUGUGAAGUGGAGUGAAAUGGUUGACUUUCUGUUGAAUCGCUGUCGCAUUUUGGAGAACCUGGAGCAAGAACGCAAGCAAACCCGUGUCCACCCGAAGCCAGUCGGAGCCAGGCUGCAACCGAAGGUGUUGGUGAGCGCCACCCGUGAUGAGGAGAAGAGGAAUUUCGGUUGUUUCAACUGCACAGGUAGCCAUUACAUCAACGAGUGUCGCAGCUUCCUCGCUCUGCCUGUGAAGCAGCGGUUCCAGAGGGUCAAGGAUUUGAAAUUGUGCAUCAACUGCUUCUCCAAUCGCCACAAUGUCGCCAAUUGCAAGAGUGGUACCUGCAAGUCUUGUGGCCAACGUCACAACACGCUUCUCCAUUUCGACCCCAAGAUGCCAGGUGAAGGAACGUCGUCGCAGUCUAGUGUAUCGUCGACGCUACUCGUGAACAACCCGCGCCCGGACCUUGUCGACCCCGCUCUAGAUUCGAAGAAGACGUUCGGACCAGUGGCGUCAGAGGAUCGAUCAGUUGAACCAAAGUCGUCCCCCAAGAAGGUUCAGUUGAUCUCGACGAGCGGACAAGCACUGCUGCACACUGCGAUCGUGUACGUUCAAGGAUCAAACGGGGAAGUCCAAGAGUGUCGUGCGGUCCUGGACUCGUGUGCAAUGACUUCGUUCAUGACGACUGCGUGUGCUCAACGUCUGCGACUCAAAACGUUCCCUGCUAGUGUCUCGAUUGUCGGAUUCGGUGGAGCAGGCCAUGGAAUCACCGAAGCAGCUGUCGCUCACGUUUUCUCGAAACCGUCUGUUAUCGAACACCAAGAAGUCGUUGUUGAGUUUCUCGUCGCUCCGUGCAUCGUUAACCGACCCUUCAACCAACCGGAGAAGAUCGACAUCCUGUUUGGCAUCGUCGAGUGGGAUAAGAUGAUGUUGAGCCAGACCUACAAGCUCGGCGACGAGUUGCCUACGCUGCGACGAACGAUCUUCGGAUGGGUCGCAGGAGGUCCGGUGAACGAGGAGGUCAACUAUCCUACACUGCAAGCUCUGCCGGUAACGAACGAACAGCUGGACGAACAACUGACCAAGUUCUGGGAAGUCGAAAGCUACAGCACGGAACGCUUCCUUUCCCCCGAAGAACAAGCUGCUGAGGAUCAUUUUGUGACCACCCACUGUUGA